GCACUUCGAUAGUUAAAUUCGUUGAACUGAUUGCAAAAUCAACCACAAGCUGUCAAAAUCAUAACCCCACGGUCAACAGAAGAUGCCCCCUGCGACCCCUCAGUCCACCGCCACCGCCCCUGCCUCCGCCUCCACUGCCGUCGCCGUCGCUUCCACCACCAAUCACCGUCAAGGAAACCCCAAUCCCAACCUUAACCCUAACAGAAUUGACCUAAAGAACGCCAACAAUCUCAACAGAGCAACCAAUUCCCGUCUCUCUUCCGUAGUAGAUUCCGACAUGCCCGACCCGAAUUACUCGACCGGCGCCAAUUCCGCCGGCCGUCCCUCCUCUUCAACGCCGAUCAAAAUUGACGGAUGCGAGGAGGACACAAUUUUGGGCAAGUCCAAGUACUUGCAUAAAUUGGAAGUUCUCAAACGGCGGCAUCGGCGGACGAAGCAACUACAGCGUAUAUACAGAGACUGUUACUGGGCGUUAAUGGAAGAAGUGAAGCUUAAGCACAGGGAGUAUUGCUGGAAGUAUGGAACGAGCGCUUUUCAAGAAGACGAGGAUAAGACUAAGGAUGGCGGCACUCUAGGCGGAACUGGAGAGAACAACAAUGGUAAUAAUGCAGUUAAUAGCAAUACGUGUGGGGUUCAUGGCUGCAAGUCGAAGGCAAUGGCACUUACGAGGUUUUGUCAUAUGCAUAUAUUGUCGGAUUCCAAGCAGAAGCUCUACAAGGCUUGCAAUUAUGCCAUCAAAAGUUCGCCGACAGGUCCCAUACUUUGUGGGAAGCCAAUAUUGAGAUCAACAGUUCCUUCCUACUGCUCUCUUCAUUUUCAGAAGGCUGAAAAGCAUGUGACGCGGGCAUUGAAGAAGGCAGGACUUAAUGUCUCUAACACAAGUAAACUGGCCCCCAAGUUUCAUGUUAUAGUUGCGGAAUAUGUUAGCCAGAUUCAAAACAGAAGAAGAGCUGCACAAAAAGCAACUUUAGAGAUUGCCGAGGUAAAAGAGGAGAACAGCUCCUAAGGUCCAGCAUCGCAUAAAACACAAGCCUGUACAUUUUCCUGGCAAAUUGGUGAAGCAGCUAUUGCAGUAUAUUUUGGUUAAAUAGAUUUCGUAUGGGAGGCUGGACUUAUGACUUGGUGGAAGAGCUUGUAUUGUAUAAAGAAAUAUUCUGCUUAUGUUGGUUUUCUUGUGAUCUGCGCAUUAUUGAAGAUUGUUAUAGAAGGAAACACACAACAAUGUAGUUGUAUUUAACUGAUAUAUUGGUUAAAACAACUAACUGAUAUUUUAGUUAAUAAAGUUCAUUUUGAACUGACA